CUUUGCCUCCCAGGUAAGCCGAGAUGGGUGCGUACAAGUACAUCCAGGAGCUGUGGAGGAAGAAGCAGUCCGACGUGAUGCGCUUCCUCCUGCGCGUCCGCUGCUGGCAGUACCGCCAGCUCUCCGCGCUGCACCGGGCUCCCCGCCCCACCCGCCCGGACAAAGCGCGCAGGCUGGGGUACAAGGCCAAACAAGGUUAUGUCAUAUACAGGAUUCGUGUGCGACGUGGUGGCCGCAAACGUCCAGUUCCUAAGGGAGCAACCUACGGCAAGCCUGUCCAUCAUGGUGUCAACCAGCUGAAGUUUGCGCGAAGCCUUCAGUCAGUUGCAGAGGAGCGAGCUGGACGCCACUGUGGAGCUCUGAGAGUUCUCAAUUCUUACUGGGUUGGUGAAGAUUCCACAUACAAAUUUUUUGAGGUUAUCCUUAUUGAUCCAUUCCACAAAGCCAUUAGAAGAAAUCCUGACACCCAGUGGAUCACCAAGCCAGUCCAUAAGCACAGGGAGAUGCGUGGGCUGACAUCUGCAGGCCGCAAGAGUCGCGGGCUUGGAAAGGGCCACAAGUUCCACCACACUAUUGGUGGUUCUCGCCGUGCAGCUUGGAGAAGGCGCAAUACUCUCCAGCUCCACCGUUACCGCUAAUAUAAGUAAUGUUUGUAAAAUUCAUAACCUAAUAAACAAUUUAGGACAGUCCUGUCUGCUUAAAGGUGUUAUUUGUCUGUUAAGUAGUCUACUGUUAUUUCAUGAAUGUUUUGUCAAAUGGAAGUUAAAGUGCAAUAAUGUUUGAAGACUAUAAGUGAUGGUGUAUCUUUGUUUCUAAUAAGAUAACCUUUUUUGUGUUUGCUUUAUCUUAUUAGGGAGUUAUAUGUCAGUAUUUGAAACAUGCUGUGUGGUAUAAUAGGUAUAAAAUAAAUUCUUUAAAAG